AUGGACGCCCAGGAACCUAAAUCAGUCAGAGGCCUCUCUGCUGCAUACUGCCUCGCACAGGCAGGUCACAAAGUCACUAUCUUGGAAGCAGCACUAGCCAUAGGCGAUGUAGGCGCUGGCAUUCAAGCCAGCCCCAACGUCUCACGCCUCCUGAUACGAUGGGGUCUUCGCCCACGUCUUGAGGAACUUGGCGUCAAACCAGAAGCUUUAAGCAUUAGACGUUGGACCAACAAUGAGGUUGUAGGGUGGACGGAGUUUGGUGAUGCGAUGGACAAGGCAUACGGUGCCCCUUAUUACCACAUACACCGAGCUGAUUUCCACCGUAUACUCUACGAAGCUACUGAGCCACACUGCAACAUCCGUGUCGGUUGUCGCGUUGUGUCUUUGGACCCGUCGAAACCUAGCUUGACUCUCGCUUCUGGGGAGGUCGUAUAUACUGACCUGAUCAUCGGUGCUGACGGAGUCAAGAGCACCACCCGGGAAUAUGUGGUCGGCGGGCCCGAUAAACCCAAGGCUACGGGAGAUGCUGCUUACAGAGCCAUCAUCCCGACCGAGAAACUCCUGCAGGACGAUGACCUGAAGGUGCUGGUGGAGGAGACGGACUCGAUCAUAUGGAUGGGUCCUAGAGGUCAUAUGGUCGGCUAUAAUAUUCGUGCCAAGAAAGAAUAUAACGUCGUCAUGAUACACCCUGAUGAAACCGAAGGGGGCGUGGAAUCGUGGACUGCUGCAGGUAACGCGGACAAAAUGAAAGAGUACUACAAGGGGUGGAACAUCACUGUCGAAAAGCUCCUGGCGCUUGUUCCGUCAACACUCGAUUGGAAGUUGAUGGACCGAGAACCACUGCCUAGGUGGAUUCACAAGGAUGGCAAGUUGGCCUUGUUGGGUGACUCGUGUCACCCGAUGCUGCCCUACCGCGCGCAAGGGUCAGCCAUGGCGGUUGAAGAUGCUGCCGUCUUAGGCAACUUAUUUUCGCAUUGCUCGGACCGCUCGCAGAUCACGCCACUGCUCUAUGCCUACCAAACUCUCCGGUACGAGCGUGCCACAGCGACACAGACGUCCUCAAGCCUAAACCAGCACAUAUUCCACCAUCCCGAUGGGCCAGAGCAAGAGGAGCGUGAUAACGAAAUGCGCAUGGCUAUGGAGGAUGCGUUCCGCGUUGCGCGCGGUGAGAAAAGCACGCUUGUGCUAGCAGGCAAUGCGAACCAGUGGGCUGAUAAGGAAAAGAGCAAUAUUCAAUUUGGGUACGAUGCGGAUGAAGAGGCGGAAAAAUGGUGGCUCGCGAAUGGGGAUAAGCUUAUGACCCUCGUCCCUUCAACCGAGGCGGCGAAUUAA